AAAAAAUAAACUAUGCAAGCAACGAUGAACCUACAAGCUACAAACUACAAUAUUAAUCCUGAAAGAAGGAUAAGUGGUUUGCAACAACAGAUGGAUAGUCCAAGCAACUUUUCAAUACAAAAUGCAGAUUACACCAUCAACAAUCUUACCAUUUUUGGGUUUAUAUUUCAGCCACUACAAAUAUUGCACAAUAUGGAAUGUAGAUACAUUUCGAAGACCUUCGUACUCAAGCGCUACAAAACCAAAUAACAUAAGGAAAUAGAGAAGGUUGAUCUAACUAUAAAUUACAACAUAAAUUGCAGUGGAAGAACCAUAAUUUCCCAAGCAAAAUCAUGUUGCCAUAUGCUACUCUAUGUAUUCAUACUUACCACGAUACUAAUGGGUCAAACAAGGACUUUUGAAUGAAUCGAUGAAAAAAUAAACUAUGCAAGCAACAUAAACGAUGUACCUACAAGCUACAAACUACAAUAUUAAUGCUGAAAGAAGGAUCAAUGGUUUGCAACAACAGAUGGAUAGUCUAAGCAACUUUUCAAU